UCAGUUUUGUUUGUGGCUCAGUUUCAUUCAAAGCUUCGUGGAGGCAGCACACACGUCGCUUGCUCGCUCGUUUUGUUGUUUUUCCGUUCGAUUACACCUUUCGCAGUCGUCGUUGGCAGCGCUGCCCGCGUCGCGGUCGCCGAUCGUGUGUUUCAAUAUAUUCCAAAUAUAUUGUUUAAUUAACGCAGUUUGGCAAGCGGAAAAAACGCAAAAAAAAUAUUUCAAAUUGAAUUUUUAAUAAAUUCAAUGAAAAUUAAAAAUUGAGUGCUAAAACGCUGACUUUGAAUUGUGACCGAAAUAGAAGUAAUUAACAAAAAGAAUGUAGCCGCGCAACGCGACACUUGAAAUUCCAAAACUAAACCAAAGAUAAAAUGGCAAAGAAUGAUGCGCAGCCGCUCGUAAAUAAAUUAAUAAACGCAAUCAACAAUACAACGAAACGACAAGAAAACAAAUCAAUUUGCAAAUGAAUAACCGAAAGUAACCAACCAAAAAGCGAACACAAAGGGGAAAUUCCAAUAGUAAUAACAAUAAUAAAAAACACAAUUGCAUGACGACGGUGAAGGCGAAAGUAAGAGCCGUUGCCCCCUUCCACCCCCGAAUCGCAUGAAGAAUACCACAAACCACAAUGUCCAGGUGUGACAACCACAAAUCCCGCCGCCAACAGCUGCCCGUGCCGGCGCCCCUGUCCUCCUCCCACUCCAACUCGUCCUCGUCCCGCUCGCAAGGACACCACCACCACCACCCGCUCCACUCGAGCAACUCGGAUCUGGGCGGCAGUGAGUCCUUCCUGCAAUAUUGCAGCGAUAGCGAAAAGAGGCCACCACCGAUUGUGGUGGUUGUGGGCGAUGGCAGGAGCCGGGUGCGUCGGGUGGUGCGCACCGCAACGCGGCACGUCACCGUGGUCAGUCUGUCCACCCGGCACAAGGAGACCCAGACGCAUACCUCGCACCAUGUGUCGGCCGUCAGCUUUCCCCAGAAGAGCCUGGAGCGAAGUGGUUCCACCCAGUAUGAGCUGGCUGGAGCGCAACAGCCAGGAUCAGCCAACGCCUCCACCUGCACAGAUAGCGGCAGUGUUGGCGGCUAUGUUUACCUGCAGAAUCACUACGCCCCCGGCGCCCACAGCUCCUCAGCCGCCAUCAACUACCCUGCGCAACAGCAUCCCCAGAUGGUCUACCAAAUCCAGCAGUAUCCCACGUGCCAUCAGCAGCAGCAACAGCAGCACCUCCAGCAGCAGCAGCAUUUGCAUCAGACCGGCGCAGGUCACUACAUGCAGGUCACGGCGACGGGUGGUGGCCAGUAUCAUCACCAUCACAUGCUCCAAGGCCACGGGCAUCAUGCCCACCAUCACGGUGGGGCGGUGGUCAUCGCCGGCAGUGGGGUGGGAACUGGCCUGGGAUCUGGAGCCACCAGCGUGAUCAUGCAGCACCAGCAACAGCAGCAGCAGCAACAGAAUAUGCACAAGAAGAACUCCAUCCGGAACGGCGGAGAUGUCCUCAAGCGAACGCGAGCUCAGUCGGCCUACGAACUCUCACAAGAUCUGCUCGAGAAACAGAUCGAGCUGCUGGAGCGCAAGUACGGCGGAGUGCGAGCCCGCAACGCAGCGGUCACUAUUCAGCGCGCCUUCCGUCACUACAUGAUGGUCAAGAAGUUCGCCUCGAUCACGGCAAUGGCCAAAGCCGAGAAGCGUCUAAGCCGGCGGAUGGUGGUCACGUCCAGCAGUCUUGGAUUGGCGGAGGAGGGUGCCUCCUCCUCGUCAGCCUACGGAAGUGCCACGGAAUCUCAGCUCACCGAGCAGCAACAGCAACAACAGGCGCAGCAGCAGCAGCAGCCACGUGUCACCAUCAUGGCGGGUCCGGCGGGAGCAGCUUCUCCGGGCUUAUCCCGGACGCCACCUACGCGAUCGCUUUCCAUGCGGGAGCGACGUCAGCUGGACUGCAGUCCCAUACCGCGUAGUCAGUCAGGAGCCUCUCCCGCCUCCAUAUCGAGCUCGACAGUCAGCACUUCGGCGCUGGCCUCACAUCCACAUGUUAAUCUGCUGCACGCGGCAGAGCCACAUUAUUAUAAUGCCCAGGCACUGCCCCAGGGAGCUGCUUACUACACUAGUUACCAUGGAUCACCGCACGACCUGAGCUAUGCCAGUUCGGCGGACACCUCGCUAAAUGCCUCGUGGGUUAACACGAGCGGCCACUCCCCGCACACGCCCUACUAUUCGGCGGCCCAGAUCUAUAUGCGACCCAAGGGCGGCAGCACCACGCCCACGCCCAGUUGCAGUGGCAGCACAGGGAGCGGCAGCGGAGGCAGCGGGAGCGGCAGCAGCAAGAAGGUGCCUCCAGAGGUGCCCAAACGCACCAGCUCCAUUACGGCACAACAGCAGACACAGCUUCUUUUGCUGCAGCGCCAGACACCGCCACCUCCCUCGCUGCUGAGGACCAAUGGCCUGUGCAAAACCGCCGAGAACGGCAGUCUGACCUCCGUGCAGAGUUCCGGAUCGGAUUCGAGUGUUACCUCAGCGGAGCGCAACCUAAACAGCGAUUUGGGCUCGGAUCGCAGUAACUCACCACAUACAUGGAAACGAGGAACAGCCCUAAAUAGUUCCCAGCAGUUCUCCACGCACUCGGCGGAUUCAGCGGGUGCGGUUUCUGGUGGAGGAGUUGGAGUGGCUGCCGGAGCCGGUGUUUAUGCCGCUCAAAUGCAGGCUGCCGUUGCAGCGGCUACAGCGGCAGGAGGAAUGCCACCAGCUGAUGACCAUGCCAUCUCCUCGCAUACGAGUGCCGCUCAGUAUGAGCAGCAUGAGCAGCAGCAGCACGAGCAGCAGCAAUUGCAGGCGGCAGCUGCAGCUGCCGGAGUGGCACAAAACUACAAGAUGUCGGAGACUAUACGCAAGCGUCAGUAUCGCGUUGGACUCAAUCUGUUCAACAAGAAGCCGGAGAAGGGCAUCACCUAUCUGAUAAGGCGGGGAUUCCUUGAGAAUACACCACAGGGCGUUGCUCGUUUCCUCAUCACCCGUAAGGGUUUGUCCCGGCAAAUGAUCGGCGAGUAUCUGGGAAAUUUGCAGAACCAGUUUAAUAUGGCCGUGCUCAGUUGCUUUGCCAUGGAGUUGGACCUGUCCGGCCGGCAAGUGGAUGUGGCUUUGCGAAAGUUCCAGGCCUAUUUCCGCAUGCCUGGAGAGGCACAAAAGAUUGAGCGCCUCAUGGAGAUCUUCUCACAGCGCUACUGUGAAUGCAAUGCGGACAUUGUCGGGCGACUGAGAUCAUCCGAUACGAUCUUCGUCCUGGCUUUUGCCAUCAUCAUGCUGAACACGGAUCUGCACACACCCAAUCUAAAGCCAGAACGUCGCAUGCGCGUCGAGGACUUUAUCAAAAAUCUGCGCGGCAUCGACGACUGUCACGACAUCGACAAGGACAUGCUGAUGGGCAUCUAUGACCGUGUCAAGUCCGACGAAUUUAAGCCCGGCAGCGACCAUGUCACUCAAGUGAUGAAGGUCCAGGCCACUAUUGUGGGCAAGAAACCAAAUCUAGCGCUGCCCCAUCGGCGUCUUGUCUGCUAUUGCCGACUGUACGAGAUUCCUGACGUGAACAAGAAGGAGCGACCUGGUGUGCAUCAGCGCGAGGUGUUCCUGUUCAACGAUCUGCUGGUCAUUACCAAAAUAUUUAGCAAAAAGAAGACCUCCGUGACGUACACAUUCCGCAACAGUUUCCCGCUAUGCGGCACCGUUGUCACCCUGCUGGAUAUGCCCAACUAUCCGUUUUGCAUUCAGCUCUCCCAGAAAGUGGAUGGCAAGAUCUUGAUCACCUUCAACGCCCGCAACGAACAUGAUCGCUGCAAGUUUGCCGAGGAUCUUAAAGAGUCCAUUAGCGAGAUGGACGAGAUGGAGUCGCUGCGCAUUGAGGCCGAGCUGGAGCGCCAGAAGUCGGCGCGCAAUCGAGCACCUGGCAAUGCGGAGAAUCGUGACAGUGGCGUGGCCGACGUGGAGGUCUGCCCAUGCCCGUAUCAGCCAGGAUCCCAAGCAUCUGGCGAGCAGGCUCCAAACUCCGCCGAUAACUCGCAGCAGCUGAAGCGCAGUGCGCUGAGCAACAGCCUUCUCGAUAUGCACGAGCAGUUUGGCAAUGAGAAACCUCAACGUCGUGGCAGCGUUGGCUCCCUGGACAGCGGCAUGAGCAUCUCGUUCCAGUCCACUACAACCUCCAGCGCUUCGAGGGAAAAUGCCGCUGCCAUUGCGGCCGCAGCAAAUGCAGCUGCAGCAGCCAAGAUGCGAUUUAACAUGCCGCCAGCGGCAGCGAUUGCCACGCCCAGCAAUGUGUAUGCAGCUCCGGGAAUGCAGGCGUAUACCCAUGCCAACUUUGUGCAGCAGUCACAGGCCGCUUACAUGUUGCAGCAACAGCAAAUGCUCCAGCAGCAGGCACAAAUGCAAGCCCAGGCACAGGCUCAAGCCCAAGCUCAGGCCCAAGCUCAAGCCCAGGCUCAGGCGCAGGCGCAGCCGCUUACUGGCCGAAUACCGGGACGCGAGCGAAAGGCUUCGCGGACGGAUGAGAACGGACGGUCGACGGAGGUCUAAGUCAUCUAUUGUACAUUUUAGUUAUUGAGCAAAGCGAUAAUUAUAAAAUAUAUAUAGCAUAUUGAAUGAAAUAUCUGUAUAAUCCGAAUCGAAACGACCCGAACGCCAUUUUCUUCAACACCUAACCCACACACAGCGUACGAGUAUAUAGCGAAUUCUUAAUGUUCCUUCGUUCUCUGCUAAUAUUAAUGUAAAUAAAUUAAACAUUUGUCUGUUUUACACUAUCUACACACUAAAAUAAGUUUCUAAAACUACUUGUAUAUACAUCAGCAUACUAUAAUACACCCACGAUCUAUGAAAAUUAUUCUCUAAAUAUGCAUAUGUAUUAUUGUAUUACUCUAAUCCUCUCCAGACACUUGAAACACCAAUUUACUUCUGGGCAACCUUCUAUGCCCAUACCCGUUUUGAUCUACCCCUUUACGAAUUACAAAAGCGAUUGGCGAAAGUAGUUGCAUUAGCAUAUACUAAUAACUAUAUCCCGUUAAGUGCGCGCUAUGUAUAUUAUAUAUUUUGUUUAUCCUACAUUUUCUCUGUGUAACUAAAAAGUGAAGUUCGUGUAUACCGCGUGUGUGUGUAUAUACCCUGAAUAUUAAUUUAAAAGCAUUUAGCUAUAAUUAUUCAUAUUUAUAGAGCCAAAACUACCCAAAACCUAAAAUAUUAAAUACGAGUAUAACAAACACGAAGUAUAUGAAAACAAAACAAUAUGUAUAUGAAAAAGCAAAAGACUUAAAAAUUUCAAUAAAUGAAAAGAAAUAAUACCAAUGA